AUGGAUUUUGGUUUUGGCCUAUUCUUACCCAAACGGCAAAGUCCGGAACCGCCAAAAUCCUCAUCAGGCGCAUCAGGCGCAUCGGCGACAAGCCCCCGCGCAUUCCAUGCCUCAGGCUCGGAUUCCUCCUCCUCUUCUCUCCUCUCCUUCGGUCCGUACCUCCCUCUAGCAACCGCCAGCGACACCGCUAGCAGCAAGUCUUUGAGCGCGUCAGGCGCCGAGAUUCCCGCUGGGUCCACUUCCUCCACCUCCUCCUCUUCAAGCGGUCAGGCCAGCGCCACCGCGAAACGCGGCGGGACUUCCGGCGCAACUCGCGCUGGUUUUCCUGCCGGGGGUAGAGAUUCAGGAGGAGGUGGAUGUGGGGGCGGUGGUUAUGGGGGAGGAGGAACCGGGGGAGGUUCAGCUUAUGCUGGAGCAAGUGGUGAGGGGAUGGGUGGGAGAGGAGCGAUGAGGACUGCUGUGGGUGGCGGUGGUAACCAUGUUACAAGUGGUUUUGAUGGUGAAAGCGGUAUUGUUAGUGGUGCGGACAGGUUCAGUGGUGUCAGGACAACGAAAACUGCAGCUGCGGGUUUAGGAGGCGUGGGGGGCAUGGGAUACUUAGAAGGAGGAGCAAGAGGAGCAAUAGGAGCGCGUCGAGAAGCAGGGGUUGCAGACGGCAAAAUAGGAGCACUUAAGGCAGAAAGAGCUAGUACUCCACGGCCACUCCUGCCAGCCUCUGCUGCUCCUGCUGCUGGUGGUAGUGGUGGUGGGGGUGCUGGUGCUGGUGGUACUACUGCUGGGGUUAACUCUGCUGGUGGUGCUGCUGCUGCUGGUGGUGGUGGUGGUGGUGGUGGUGGUGGUGGUGGUGGUGGUGGUGUUGGUGGUGGUGUUGGUGGGGUUCAGGAUGUUGCUACUGAGAAGGUUCGGGUGUGCGACCAGUGCUAUGCCGAGGCUCUCAGCUUGCCUCGGAGGGACCCCCAGGCUAGAGGUGCAGGUUCGGCGUUUCGGGAAGCGGUCGAGGUGGGAGAGGGAAGAGGUGGAGGGGGGCAGGGGAGGGGAGGGAGGGGGGAGGGGAGGGGAGGAGAAGGGGAUCUGUGGGAGUGGGAGGAGGGAGGGAAGAUGAGGCGGGGAGUGGGACGGGGAAGGGGUCGGAGUGGAGGAAUAGGGGGAGAAAUGGGCAGAAUGUAUGGGCCUGUCAUGGGGAUGGGAGCGCUGAAGAGCGUUUCAGUGGGCGAGGGGUGGGGACGGGACAGCAGGGGCGGGUAUAGGGGAGAAGGAGGGGCGUUGUUGGGUUUCAGACGGCAGCAGAGCAGUGGAUUGGCGGAGGGCGUGGGAGAAGGUGGUGGAGUUGGGACGCAGUAUGAGUUCAGGCACCCGAAAUACAGGAUUGAUGACGAAUACUAUGGGGAGGAAGAGGAGGAGGACGCAGAGGAGGAGGAAGAUGAAGAGGAGGAGGAGGAGGAGGAGGAUGAUGAUGAGGAUGAGGAUGAAUGCGAGGAAGACGAUGAUGACGAGGAGGAGGACGAGGAAGAGGAGGAGGAGGAGGAGAUGGGUCUGCUGGGACUCAGUGGGGCGCAGGAUGGGGGGAGAAGUGAGAGGAAUGGGUUGGACGGACGAAGCGAGAGGAGUGGCUCGGAUUCCAGGUGGAGGGGUGGUGGGGAGGCGGUAGUGGAAGGGGAGGAAGGCGAGGAUGGGGAGGGGUUUGGUGGUCGGUUGGAGGGAGGGGACGGCAUGGGUGGGGGCUUGGGAGGGGCAGGGAGGACGAGGAGUGGGUUUGGGUUGGAAGAGGGGGAUUAUGUGGAGGACAGCGAUUGGUGGUGCCGGGACAGGUGGACGCUGGGAAGGAAAGCGGGCAGGGGUGGUGGUGGUGCCGCUGCUGGUUUGAGCAUGCUUGAUGCUGCUGCUGGUUUGAGCACGCUUGAUGCUGCUGCUAGGCAGGGAGUGGGAGUAAGGGGGGGUGAGCAGUGGCAGCGAGGGGAGAUGGGUGAGGGAGCAGCAGUAGGUGUGAGGGAGGCAGGAGCAGAGGGAGAGGGUGAGAUAUCCCAAGAUAAGGGUGGCGUUCACAGCGCAUUUGAGAUGAAAGGUGGCACUGAGAGGGCAGGGUUAACUCAUGCUGCUGCCCCUGGUGCUGCUUCCUUGGCAGCUUCUGCUGGAUCAGGAGCAAUAGCAGCAGGACCAGAAGCAUCAGCGAACGCAGUACCAGCAGAACUGCCAGCUGAAGCACCAGCAGGUAGUGUAGCAGCAAUGCCCGUGACGGCAGGAGCAACUGCAGCAACCGCCUCACAGCAGUCUGUGGGGAGAGGAGCACAGGGGGCACAGUAUGAUGUGGUGAAGGGACCGGCACUGCACAUACGCACAGGCAGCCAGGACCUCUGGCGCCCUGGGGAUGAUCCCCAUGGCCCCCCUGCUGCCCCUGCUUCUGCCACUCCCUCUGCUUCCGCUGCUGCUGCUGUUACUGCUGCUGAUGCUACCGCUGCUGCUGCUGCUGCUGCUGCUGCUGCUGCUGCUGCUGCUGCUGCUGCUGCUGCUGCUGCUGCUGCUGCUGCUGCUGCUGCUGCUGCUGCUGCUGCUGCUGCUGCUGCUGCUGCUGCUGCUGCUGCUGCUGCUGCUGCUGCUGCUAGUGCUGCCGGUGGUGCUGAAGAUGCAGAUGCAGGGGAGGAGACGGCGGAAGGAGUGGCGUCCGGAUUCGGCGUAUCUCCGUACCUGCAGUCGUCGUACGGCUCGUCGUCCUCCGAGUGUCCAGAUGCGGUGAACUUGGAGUCGAAUAGCAAGCUCUGGGAGACGCCGCCUCCGGAUUCGUCUGCACUUGGGGGAGGUGGGAUCCAGGGCAGGGGCAGGGCGGUUGCAUAUGUGGAUGAGGAGGAUGAGGAGGGUAGCUGGUGGAACGAGAGAGGAGGGGAAGGAGAAGGAGAAGGGGAAGGAGAUGGGUGGGAUGCAGGCAGCAGCACUGGUCAGUAUGGUGAUAGCUCAUCCUCGGUUUAUGGGGGUGGGGAGGGGUGGCAGGGGGAUGGACAGAUGGGGACAUACAGCGGAGGAGCAGGAGGAGGAGGCGGGGCAACACGAACAGCGGGGAAAGAGGGAGGAGGAGGCGCUGCAGCUGCUGCUGCAGCACCGGCAGGGGCGGGAACAGUGCUACCAGGCAGUGUGGACGCACGGGAGAGGCUAAGGGAGGUGGUGGAGGGGCAUUUCAGCGCGCUGGUAGAGCAGAUGCUGAAAGCAGAGGGGCUGCAGGCAGGGGCCGAGGGAGACCCUGAGGGGUGGCUUGAGGUGGUUCGGCGCCUGGCCUCCGAAGCUGCGUCGCUGGUUCGGCCGGACUCGAGUUCGAUGGGGGGGUAUAUGGAUCCUGGGGGAUACAUCAAAGUGAAGUGCAUCGCGGGGGGGAAGCGCAGUGAGAGGUACGUGCCAGGGGGGGGCCUGGGAGAGGAAGCACUCCAGGAAGCUGUGUGCUGUGUGGUGGACGGAGUGGUGUGUCGCAAGAACGUGGCCAACAAGAGAAUGGCAUCAGACAUCCGGUGGCCGCACAUCGCUCUGCUCGCCUCCACUCUCGAGUACCAGCGCUGCCCCAACCGCCUCUCCUCCAUCGACACGCUGCUCGCCCAGCAAGAGACCCAUCUGCGCCACAUGCUGCAGAAGAUCGAGCGCAAGUUCCCCCGACCUCCCCCCCCACAAGCCCCUGUACAAGCCUACUCGCAAGCCCCCUUGCAAGGCCACUUGCAAGGCUACCAACAAGGCUACCAACAAGGCUACCCACAAGGCUACCCACAGGGGCCGCCCAGCAGCCAUGGCGCACUGUCUGUUCCAACCACACCCACGGGAGCAGCAGUGGGGGCAAGGGGCCGGGGUUUCCGGGCUAACACGGGCGGGCAGAUGGGCGGGCAAGCGGGCGGGCAGCUGGGCGGGCAGGUGGGCGGCAGUGUGUUGUUAGUGGAGGGAACAGUGUCAGGGUUCGCGCAGCAGUGGAUGGUGGAGCACCGCAUGUCUCUCGUCUUCAAUGUCAAGCGCUCGCUGCUGGAGAGAGUGGCGCGCUGCACGGGAGCUAAAGUGGCCCAGUCCGCUGAGACCCUUGACAGGCUGGGGCAGUGCCAGCGGUUCUGGACGAGGAAGUUUGUGGAGGAGUGGGAUGCGGUGGGGAGCGGUGGCGGUGGGGUGGGGCCAGAGGCUGGUGUGGGGGGAGGCAGGGGGAGGGGGGCUGCGACGGGUGGUGGUGGCGGUGGUGGCAGCAGUGCGGCUGCUGCUGGUGCUGCUGGGGGUGGUCGCAAGAACGUGCUGCUGAUGGGGAUGCCUACAUCGGAGCUGAAGCAGGUGAAGCAGGUGAAGAGGGUGAAGAGGGUGAUGCACUUGCCAUGCCUGGACUUCAGUUCUCGGACUCACAGCCCCACCACUGCCCUUCCCCCCCUUCCUGCCCAAGCAGGUGCUACUAAUGGGGGCGGCUACAGCAGAGCUGAAGAGGGUGAAGAGGGUGAUGCACUUUGCAGUUUCCAUUCUCACUGCUUCUCCCCUCCCUUCCCCUUCUCCCCCUGCCCAUCCUGCUACCCCCCUGCUCCACUGCCCAAGCAGGUGCUACUGAUGGGGGCGCCUACAGCGGAGCUGAAGAGGGUGAAGAGGGUGAUGCACUUUGCAGUGUUCGCCUCCUACCACCUCGCCCUCGAGACCUCCUUCCUUGCAGACGAAGGCGCCCUCCCCCCCGGCAUCACUCCCUGCCCCCCUCCUCCCUGCCUCCCUCCUGGAGUUCCAUUCUCACUGCUUCUCCCCUCCCUUCCCCUUCUCCCCCUGCCCAUCCUGCUACCCCCCUGCUCCACUGCCCAAGCAGGUGCUACUGAUGGGGGCGCCUACAGCGGAGCUGAAGAGGGUGAAGAGGGUGAUGCACUUUGCAGUUUCCAUUCUCACUGCUUCUCCCCUCCCUUCCCCUUCUCCCCCUGCCCAUCCUGCUACCCCCCUGCUCCACUGCCCAAGCAGGUGCUACUGAUGGGGGCGCCUACAGCGGAGCUGAAGAGGGUGAAGAGGGUGAUGCACUUUGCAGUGUUCGCCUCCUACCACCUCGCCCUCGAGACCUCCUUCCUUGCAGACGAAGGCGCCCUCCCCCCCGGCAUCGCUCCCUGCCCUCCUCUCUGUGCCGCGUUACCUCCUCCUGCUCCUGCUGCUCCUCUCAUUUCCGCUCCUGCUGCUGCUGCUGCUGCUGCUGCCCCGUUUCCCGCGGUUGCUGUUGAUCCUCCUCCUCCUGCUGCUGGUGCGGGUGCUGCUGCUGCUGAGGCGGCUUUCUCAGGUGAAUCUGCUGCUGUUGAUGCUCCAGCACGGCCUAGAGAUGGUGGGAUUGGGGAGGGUGAUUGUGGGGAGCAAGAUAGACUAGCACAGGCACAGGUCUCUGGUGCUCUCGUUGGCUCUCAUCUGCCAGCUGGCGUGCCGCCAUUGGCCAGUGAUGCUCCGGCAGCGCAGCCUCAUCUGCUUGCUGACGUCAUGGCUGCUGACGUGGCUUCCACAGAUGAACCUGCUGCUGUCAAUCGUUCAGCCGGAAUCAGUGCUGGUAGUAUUAUCACCCCGCCUCCUGCUAUAGUCACAUCUGUACCCGCUAGUAGCAGCAGCACUGGCAGCAACAGGCCGUCGCCUCGCCGAAUCGCACAGCUAUCAGCAUCUCUAUGGGCUAGUGGGGUGUCUUCUGUGAGAGAGUGUGUGAGGGAGAGUGGGGAGGGUGUGAGAAAGAUUGAGGAGCAUGUGAGGGAGGCUCCAGAAGACAGUGAAGGUCGAAACAAAGAGGAGGCGGGCACUGGGGAACCAGGAGGAGAAGGAAACUCAGGUAGAGGGGCAGGGGAGGCAGCAGGCGAGGCGGCAGGGGGAUCAACAGCGUGUGAGGCGAAGAAGGUUGCUGCUGCUGCUGCUGCUGGUGCUGCUGCUGGUGCUGCUGCUGGUGCUGCUGCUGGUGCUGCUGCUGGUGAAGGAAAGAAGAGUGAAGUGAAUGCGGCAACACAAGGAGGGGCGUUGGAGAGUGAAUUGCCUGCUGUAGCAGCAGCUGCAGCACCAGCACCAGCAGAGGUAGCAGGUGGUGAGGGGAUGAUGGCGCAUGCAUCAGCACAGGGGCAGCAGCCACUGGUGGGUGAGGAGCUGCCCUUGAAUCAAUCACAGCAGCCUGCAGGGGUGCUUUCUCCUCCUCCUCCACAGCAGCCGCAGCAGCAGCAGCAGCAGGGGGGGGUUGGCAUUGCGAUUUUGCUGGAAGGAACAGAUUCCGAUGCUUCUGCUGCUGCUGCUGCUGCUGCUGCUGGUGAUGCAUUUCCCACUGCAACUCUCGCCCCACUCACCCCGCAGCCCCACCUGGCCCACCCACUGGCGCCGGUGUCCCCCUCAGAGCACCAGUCGAUCCUGGUGUGGGCGUCCAGCCGCUGUGUGUCGCGCAAGCUGCUGUGUGAGCCGCCGGAGCUGAUGAGAAUCAAGUACUACGGGGACAGGGACAUGCCUCUGGGGCACUUUCUCACCCAGUUCGUGCUUAAUCCUCUCUGGCGCUGCAAGUGCGGCAUGCCAUCACAGGACCACGUGCGAGUCUACUCACACAAGGAGGGCUCCCUCACCAUCUCCGUGCGCAAGGCAGACGACAUCCUCCCCCCCACACACCCCCUGCAACUGCCAGGGGGAGGGGGAGCAAGCGGGGGGAGAGGAACCUAUGGGGGCAGCGGAGGGGGGUACGGGGGAGGGGGGACGAGUGGAGCAGCAGGGGAGGGGGAUAUGGGGUGUGGUCAGGACGCUGGUGUGUCUGGUGGUGUGUCUGUUGGGUCUUCUGGUGCUGCUGCUGUGGGCGGUGCAUGCCCGCCGCCCGCUGCCCCCCGGUGCAUCUGGAUGUGGCACCGCUGCCGGCAGUGCCGCCCGGUGGACGGAGUGGCGCCGGCCACGCGCCGCGUGCUCAUGUCCGAGGCGGCGUGCAAGCUGUCGCUGGGAAAGUUCCUGGAGCUUUCGUUCACGAAUCAUGUGGUGGUGGGGCGGCUGGCGGCGUGUGGGCACUCGCUGCACCGCGACUGCCUGCGCUUCUACCGGAGUGGCGAGAUGAUAGCAUGCCUGGCCUACUCGCCCAUGCACCUCUACUCCGUCUGCCUGCCGCCUCUACGCCUCAGCUUCAACCACCGCCAGCAGCAGCAAUGGCUCGUGGACGAAUUUAACGAUGUGGCGGAGGCAGCGGAGCGCGUGUUCAUGGACAUCAUGAACGCUCUCGAUGCGCUUGCAGCGCGACUGGCACAGGGCGGCCCGCUGUCUGCCAGCCGCUUCCCCGAGGCCCGGGCCAGCCUGGCGCUGCUGGAGGCUACCCUGCAGCGCGAUAAGGCCGUGUUUGAUUGUGGUGGUGUGCUGUGCUGUGCUGUGCUGUGUCGAUGGGCAUUUGAUGUUCGUCAGGCAGCACCGGAUUUUAGUCUGCCCGCUGGGCAGCCCGUGACGGACAUUCUGGAGCUGAACCGGGUGCGGCGAGAUCUGACCGGCCAAUUGGCUGAGUGGGCGGAGCGGCUGCAAAGAUUAACGGCGGAGAUUCAACAGCCACCACAGCAACGAGCAGCAGUCAUGGCAGCAACCCCAAUGCAAUCCGAAGCACCAGUAGCUGCACUUGAGGCAGAAGCAGCGUCAGAAACAGGUGGAGAAGAAGCAGGGCCACCAGACGGCAGGAAAGGCGCUGGUCUAGCUACGGGACAGGUGUCAUCCAAUGAUUCGCCACCAAAAGCCAGCCCGAAACAGCCGCAGCGGCAGGUAGAAGGCGGGUCUCUGGAGGUGCAAGGCAGGGAUAGGGAUGACUCCGUGGGGCUGUUCAGUGCCACUCUAGACCUCGCCGCCCGGGCCGCUGAGGCUCGGCGAAAGAAGGCCUGGGAGACGGAGGCUCGGGAAAUAGAGGCCCGGGAACCGGAUGCAGCAGGAACAGAGGCCCGACAAGCAGGGACAGAAGAGUCCCUUUUGCCAGUAUUGGAAGCUUCGGGGAAGGAGGUUAAAUACGAGGGAGAGCAGGAGGUUGAGAGUGGUUCUGGGAGCGUGUUGCUUGAUGGUGGGAAAGGAGGAGUGGAGGAGAGUGGAGUGGAGGGGAAGGGAGAGGAUGGAGUGGAGGGAGUUGGAGGAGAGGAGGGUGUUAAGGGGAGUGGGUUGGAGGAGAAGGGAGAGGAGGGUGUUAAAGCAAGUGAUAUGCAUGGGAAUGUAGAGGGUGGCAGUAAGGGAGAAGUGGGGGAAAGCGGUGAGGCGGUAGCCCUACAUGCACAAGGUGGUGACGCUGAGAGUGAGUGCGAGGCUGAGGCAAGCAGCAUGCUGCGAGUGGGUAUCAUAGAUGCAUUUGAGGAGGAGAAGCCAGAGGCGAAUGAUGAGAGCAUGGCGCCCCUUACUGUGACUGCGAGCCACGGAUCAGCAGGGGGGGGUGGCAAAGACAGCGCAUGGGGGUCGUUCCUGCUCCCGUUCUCCCGACCUGCCAGCGUCAACAGCGCUGCAUCUCUGGUGGAGGGGCAGAGCGAGGCGGGUGAAGAGAAGGAUGGCGGACGAGAUGGGGAGGCGGAGGUAGGGGAGAUGAGUGGAGAGGCAGGGGCACGGAAGGCAGGGAAGGGGAAGGCAGGGGAAGGGGAGGCAGGGGAGGAAAGCACGAUGGGGAUAGAUGAGUUGAAUGUGGCAGAGGUUGCAGCUGAAAUGGAGAAGAAGACUGUGCAUGCAGAAAGGCUUGAGGAAGGGAGUAAGGAGGAGUUAGCUUCUCAGGCUGGUGGUGGCAGCAUGGAUGGGGGGGGGUGUGUGAGUGAGGUGGGUGGUGAUGCUGCAGAGCGCGAGGAGGGUGCUCCCUGUGAGGAUGCACGGUGCAGGGAGGAUACUGAGACUGAUGGGACUGAUGAGACUGAUGAGACUGAUGGGGCUGAUGGGGUUGAUGGGGCUGAUGGGACUGAUGGGACAGCACAGGGCGCUGCUCUGUCCUUGGAAAUUGGGAGAGACGCUGGCAGCUAUAGCUUCUCAGAUUGGAGAAGAGAGGGAGGGGUGCGAGAGGAAGAGGGGCGGAGUACUGAGGAAGGGGCUGAGGAGAGGAACAAGGCGGAUGGAGUGAGAGGCGAUGGGGAUGAGGAGAGGGGUGAGGGAGAGGAAGGCGGAGAGGAGCAGCAGAAGGAAGCACUUGCCUUUCCAGCAGACGCACCUGCAGUGUGUGUCUCAGCGGAAGCACCAACAGUGUCUGUCGCAACAGAAGCAGCAACAGUGUUCGCAACAGAAGCACCAACAGUGUCUGUGCCAGCUCUAACACCGGUACUGUCACUGGCUGCUCUAGGCGCUCUGCCACCCUCAGCUGCUGCUGGUAGCACUCCGCGGCUCUCUCGUCGCUCCAGCCUCCCUCCCCGUGCGCCGGAUGCAGAAGCAGCACCUGUUCCGCCCACCACCGCACCCGCUGCUGCUGCUGCUGCUGCUGCUGCUGGCCCUGCUAUGCGUCCUCCUGCCUCCCUGCUCUCCUUAAACCCAUCCUCCCAUUCUCCUUUCCCGCCCCCGCUGCAGUACCCCCCGGCCCUGCUAGGCCGGGCACACGUGCUCCUCCCUCCUGGCAUCGGCAGCCGCAUCAUAGCGGUGUACAAGGACGAGCCCACGUUGCUCAUCCCUCUCCUCCCCCCCCCUUCCCACCCUCCUUUUCUCCCAUCCCUCCCUUCGCUUGAGCCAUGCAGCCGUCAGAACCUGCAGCUGCCAGCAGAGAGGCGGGAACAGAGUCCACAGCUGCAGAGGCAGCAGGGAAGCAGUCAACAGCAGGAGAGGGAAGAGGAGUUGAUCGGACUACAGGAAGGGGAGAGGGAAGUGGAGCAGAGUUGGCGAGCUCAGGUGCAGGAACAGCAGCAGCAGCAGCAGGAGCAGGAGCAGCAGCAGCAGCAGCAGGAGCAGGAGCAGCGGCAGCAGCAGCAGCAGCAGCAGCAGGAGCAGCAGGAGGAGGAGAAGUGUGUGGUUCUGCGGAGGCCAGAAGCCUUGGCGGGGGAGGCAGUGGAGGUAGUGGAGGCGGUAGCGAGUAUCAGGAGUGUAGUGGAAGAGGAGGAGGGAGUUUGCACGGCAUACGCUGGUCCUGAGCUGUCGCAGCAAGACCAUCACCCUCCAUCCUCCAUACAGCACGAUCUGUUACAGGCACAGCCGGAGACAGCGCAACAAGUGCAACAAGAAGCGUCACAAGCAGAAUGGGAACCAUCGCAGUCACAACACGAGCCUUCACAAGCACAACCAGACGCGUUGCAAUCACAGCAGGGACCGUUGCAAGCACAGCAGGGACCGUUGCAAUCACAGCAGGGACUGUUGCAAGCACAGCCAGAAGCGCAGCCAACCGGGGGUGCCGGGGGUGACACAGUGCCACUGCCAGUGCCAGCCCGGGAAGAAACAGCAGCGCCAUUGCCAUCACAGGAGGACCCGCUUUUAUCCCGGGAGAAGCGGCACGUGAAGGUGGCAUUCACAGUAGGGGGAGGUGACGAUACCCUGCCCUUUCCCGCACUACCCUUCCUCCCCGGCCCCAGCACCAACCCUGCUGGCACCUCUGGCACUGUAGGCAGCAGCGGCAUUAGCGGCAUUGGCGGCAUGACCAGCAGUGGCAUGAACAGUGGCGGUAUAGGCAGUGGUGCGUCGACGCCGGUGGGUGCCGGUAGCAGUAGCCGUCGUCGUGGGAUUGCUGGUGGGGUUGGUGGGGGGAGCGGCUCUGCAGCAUCGUUCCAGGUGACCGCUUACUUCGCCAAGCAGUUUGACGCUCUCCGCCGCAAGUGCUGCUCGCCCUUCCCCCCGCUCGCCCCGGCCGCUGCCUCAUCCAGUCAGCACAAGGCUGGAGCUGACACAGGAGAAGGGACAGCAGCGGGGACAGCAGGAGCAGCAGGGGCGGCAGGCGCAGCGGUGGCAGGGGAAGGGGUGGUGGACGGGAGUGGCGAUGUGGAGUUUGUGCGCUCGCUGUGCCGCUGCAAGCGCUGGAGUGCCGAGGGUGGCAAGAGCUCCGUGUAUUUUGCCAAGACUGCGGACGACCGCUUUGUCAUCAAACAGGUGCAACGCAAGGAGAUACUGGCAUUUCUGGACUUCGCCAACGACUACUUCAAGCACCUCUUUGACGCCAUCGAGUCUGGCAACCCCUCCUGCCUUGCCAAGAUCCUCGGCCUCUACCAGGUGACAGCAAAGGGCGUGACUAUGGACGUGAUGGUCAUGGAGAACCUGCUCUACGGCCGUCGGAUCACCAAGCUCUACGAUCUCAAGGGCUCUCGUCGCUCCAGAUACAACGCAGACCGCUCCAAGAGCAGGGUACUGCUGGACGAGAACCUUCUGGAAGCCAUGCCCACGUCGCCCAUCUUCGUGGGAAAACGAUCCAAGCAGCUGCUGGAGCGUGCUGUGUGGAACGACACUGCAUUCCUCGCGAAGCACGCAAUUAUGGACUAUUCGCUGUUGGUGGGGGUAGAAGAGGAGCGGUCAACACUGGUGGUGGGAAUCAUAGACUUUAUCCGCCCCUACACAUGGGACAAGCAGUUGGAAACAUGGGUCAAGGCGUCUGGGCUUCUAGGGGGCGGCGGGGCAGGCAAGGACUCUACACCGACGGUCAUAUCUCCAUCGAACUACAAGAAACGGUUCCGGAAGGCCAUGCAGACGUACUUUGUGAUGGUGCCCGAUCAGUGGGUGCCGCGGGUGCCGGAAAUUGCUACUACAGCUGCUGGUGUGGUGGUGCCCGCUGUGCUGCCGCCUAGGCUUGUGCAGCCAGGGGAAGUGGAGCAACAGCAGAAGCAGAACGAGCAGCAGCAGCAGGAAAAGCAAUUGCCACCACGGCUGGUGGUGUGGUCGUGCCUGCCUGCUGUGCUGUCGUCUAUGCUGGUGCAGCGUCGGGCGAAGCUGGAGCAACAGCAGCAAGAGCAUAAACAGCAGCAGCAACAGCAGCAGCAGCAGCAGCAGCAGCAGCAGUAA